GUACAGAUGAAGGUGAGGAGACGAGGACAAGAAACUAGUGUAGAGUUGAGACUAUUGAGACGUACUCCGCCACAGUCACAAGUUCAGGGAGCUGGCGGCAGGUUCUGCGUUUGAUUCAGUUCGGUUUUUCUACGGUUAGGUGUUUUUAAGUUAUUUCGCCAUGGACGAGGAAAUAGCGAUUAUUUUGAUAUCCGUUGUGAUGUUUUUGGGAUGUUUUCUAUUAGGUUUAAUUCCACUUUUGAUCAAACUUUCUGAGAAAAGGCUGCAGUUUGUCAGUAUAUUCGGGGCAGGCCUGCUCUGUGGUACUGCUCUAGCCAUCAUCCUCCCAGAGGGGGUGGAACUACUGGAAGAGUCAUGGAGAGUCUCCUCCUGCUCUGUGGCCCCAGUAGCAGCCAAUAAGAAUGCCAGUGACGGUGGGGUUGGAGGUCAGUUCCAGGAGAUGGGCCCCUCCUCUAAAGGUCUCCCAGCAAGGUUCUUCAUCGGGGUCUCCCUGGUUCUAGGGUUCAUCCUCAUGUUCCUGGUGGACCAGAUCAGUAGCUACUGCUCCAUACAUGAUCCACGUACUGGAACGUCCAACAGGAACAGCAUCACAGCUACACUAGGACUGGUCAUCCAUGCUGCUGCUGACGGUGUAGUUUUAGGUGUUGCCGUGGUUUCCUCCAAGGUCACAGUUCAACUGGUGGUCUUUCUAGCUGUCAUUCUGCACAAGGCUCCUGCAGCGUUUGGCCUGGUCACCUUUCUGUUGCACGCAGGUUUAGAGAAGAGGCAAAUUCAGAAGCAUCUAUUGGUCUUCUCUGCUGCAGCACCUGUUCUCUCCAUCAUUACAUACUUUAUCCUGAACGCGAGUGGAGGUUCAGCUCAGCACCGUCUGAGCGCUACAGGUGUUGGGAUGCUCUUCUCAGCCGGAACAUUCCUCUAUGUUGCUACGGUCCAUGUACUACCAGAGGUCAGCUCCAGGGGCCAGCAGCAGAGCUUUGUAAAUGUAAUCUCUGGGACCGGGUACCUCCACGGGACUGGGACUGGGCAGCAGCAGCAGAGCUCUCCCCACCUCCACGGGACUGGGCAGCAGCAGCAGAGCUCUCACCACCUCCACGGGACUGGGACUGGGCAGCAGGGGGACCUGGGGGUCCUGGAGAGCCUCACACUGAUACUGGGAACAGGACUACCUGUGUUACUGGCCCUGGGACUACAUGAUGACUAGUCUUGUGAAUCGAUGCUAUCCUACCAAGUCUCCUUCGUCACUCAAAGGAACAUUGGGAAUGAAUGUGAAGGAAGUCUGAAAAUCGAGACUACACUACGACUGACAAGUUAACACAAAGAAAGACACCACAUGAUACCAAGCACACAUUCUUACAUAGAGAUCAUUAUAGGGUGUUUCUGUGCCAGAUGCAAUGUGUAUCAGUGUCUUUCUCUGAGAGGUCAAGGAGUUACUGUUACUGACAUGGGUUUGAACAUACAAAAAGUAGGAACACAGAGUGUGUGUGUGUGUGUGUGUGUGUGUGUGUGUGUGUCAUGCAAAAUAGUGUGGGAUCAGAGCGAGAGACAGAGUGAUGUGUGUGUCAGAGACUUGUGUAUUUGUGUAGAGCUUUUGUAAUUGUUUCUCUUGCCUAGUUCAAUCUCAAUGGGGACAUUCUGUUGAGAUUGUCGAAAGAACAUUUCCUGUAAGUGGAUAACUGUUUCCUCAUAUUUUGCUUUUGUGCCUCCACUGAACAUUUUUUUUUUUUAAAUGUUAGACGAAAUCCAAACUAGAUCAGAUUUUAAUCAAAUUGAUAAUAUUUCAUCUUUUGUCAUUUCUAAGAAAGGUUUUUGGCUGGGGUAUGUUAUGUACUAAAAUAUUCAGGCCAGGUUGUGAAAAGCCAUCUUUAUAAGCAUUGGAUGGUUGCCAUAACACUGACGGUGCCUAAAUGAACCACAGUGAUGAUAAUUGAUUUCUUAUUUUGUAUUGGAUGUGAUACUUUUUAGAUUUGCUAAUAAUGGUUUACAUGAAAUAUUCAGUAAAACACUCCGCUGACAAACCACAGCUCAGUGGACCUUCCAAACGGACCAAUGACCAUACCGAAAAGAGACUAAUACAUUUCUACAUUGUUUACUAUAGCCAGGACAAUGUUGUCUGGGUACCAGUCUGUUUAGAUAACAUUCCUCUAGCCUGGGUACCAGUCUGUUUAGGUAACAUUCCUCUAGCAUGGGUACCAGU